ACAAUUAUAUACAUCGAUUUGAAUGGCCAUAUUGUAUGAAGAAAAAGAAGAAGAAGAAGAAGAAAACUUUUUUAUUCACGUUCGUGGCGGUUGGAUGUGGUUACUGUAACUGAGCAUGUUUUUGAUUUUGUAUAAAUAUUAUUUGGAUAAUGGCAUCGCCAAAUCAGGUCAUGCAAGAUGGUGAUGAGAUAAUAAUGAACAUAGACGAAAAUAUUGGGAGAGACAAUAGGAGUGUAAAAGAUUUAAAAGAAGAGAUCUUAUUUUUGAAUAAAGAAAUAGAAAACGCUAAAAAUACAUUAGUUUCUUUGGAAGCAGCUUCAGCAGCAGCAGCAGCAGCAGCAGCAGCAGCAGCAAUAGCAGUAGCAUCACCACCACCACCACCACCACUACUUCCACCACCAUCACUACCACCACCACCACCACAAAUAUUACAACAAGCAGUAACAGAAACAGUAGUAGCAGAAACAGUAGCAGCAGAAACAGCAGCAGCAGAAACAGUAGCAGCAAAAGAUAAUAGACCACCCAGAUGGCACCGAGCAGGGAAAGGCAGAGAAAUAAGAAGUCGAGGUCGAGGUCGUGGAGGUGGUAUAUAUAAGUCAAGAGGUAGUAUAUUAAGAGGCGGUAUAUACAUACCUAAAGGUGGUAAAAUUAAUGUUUUAUAUUUAUAAUUGUUUUUUCAUUCUCUUUGCCUUAAUAAUCAAUAAAUAAUUCCGCGUUGUAUA